UGAUUUUAGUUCUUUGUGCGCGCGCGCCGAGUUCAAAGGUCAGUGGGCGGAGCUUUGUGUUGCAGUACGUGUGCUUAUGAGGAGCUAUCUUAGCUUCAAAGCUACGUGUACAUUUAACUGCUGAUCAUGGUGCUACUGGAAAACGAUUCGUUCUUGACAGAGCUAACUAGACUGUUCCAGAAAUGCAGGACUUCUGGCAGUGUUGUCAUCACGUUAAAGAAAUACGACGGCAGAACCAAACCAGUUCCCAGGAAAGGUCACGUGGAGAGUUUUGAGCCUGCAGACAACAAGUGUCUCAUCAGAGCAUCGGAUGGAAAGAAGAAAAUCAGCACAGUGGUUAGCACUAAAGAAGUUAUCAAGUUCCAGAUGGCGUAUUCAAACCUGCUGAGAGCACACAUGGACGGACUGAAGAAGAAGGACAAGAAAAGCAAAACCAAGAAAACCAAAGCCACCCAAUGAGCAACAGACUCUUACACACAACACUACUGGACCAGACCGGCCUGUACCACCUACAGGGGGGUUCCAACCAUCACCCUAACACACCCCUCCCUUGUCUAAGCUAGUGGUUGAGGCCCACCAUUCUCCAUCUGGUGACUGCUUUGACAUCAUGCCGGUCUUCAUGGUCCUGUCUUCACCUGGCUGUUCUCUGUCGUCAGUGGAGGUGACUGAAGGAAGCCCAGAAGAGGUUUUACUGAGAGGAUCCUGCCGGAGUGGCUGCUGGUUGCAGACGUCCUCUGGUGUGAAGCGAGUUACAGCAGGCUGCAUGUCUGUGGAGCGUCACAAGGAUGCUGCACAGACACUAAUUGCCUUUUUUGUUUUAAUAUAAUUGUCCUUUUUUAUUUUUAUGUUUUAGAUAUUUUAUUUUUAAUAGCUAUAUCAUCAGCUAAAGUAGAAGCUCUCUUCUUAAACUAGAAGUCCUCUUCUUUUUUUUGGUAGGCCCUGAUAAAAAGUGGUUAUGAAUAGGUUCUGGUAACAUAGCAACCAUUACAGUCUCACAUCUUGAAGCUGAAGGCAGCAUGACGAUGAAUGGUUUUCAAUGACAUUCAAGAAAGUCUCCAUAAGGAACUUAUUUAAUAAUGUAAAGGCAGAUCUUGUUCUUUUGUAACUUCACAUUUGUUCUUAAUUCUUCAUUUUUACAUAUUUGGAUGGAUCUAAUCAGUAUCUGUUUUGUAUGUUUGAUGACAGGGUUCUUAAUUCGAACCCUGGUUAGAAACCUGUUCUGAAGUCUCAGACGCGGCACGGGCAGAAAUUAAACAGCAACGUUAA